CACUCUCUGAACGCAACUCUCUCUCUCUCUAUCUAAAAACUCUCAGAAUCAGAGCCUCGGAUCAGAAAGACGAUGACCGACAAGGUGAGGCGGUUCUUCUCCCGCACCUCCGGCGACUCGUCCCAGCCUUCACCGGAGCCGCCGACCCCACCGCCUUCGUCCGUCGCCACCGGGCCGGCGCGCCCUAUCCGCCUCGUGUACUGCGACGAGAAGGGGAAGUUCCGGAUGGACCCGGAGGCCGUCGCCACGCUUCAGCUCGUCAAGGAUCCUGUUGGCGUCGUGUCCGUCUGCGGUCGCGCUCGCCAGGGCAAGAGCUUCGUAUUGAAUCAGCUUCUUGGAAGGAGCAGUGGAUUUCAAGUGGCAUCAACACAUCGACCAUGCACUAAAGGGCUUUGGUUGUGGAGUGCCCCCAUAAGGAGGACUGCCCUUGAUGGAACUGAAUACAAUCUGUUACUGUUAGAUAGUGAAGGAAUUGAUGCUUAUGAUCAAACGGGAACAUACAGCACACAGAUAUUCUCCUUGGCUGUCCUGUUAUCAAGCAUGUUCGUGUACAACCAGAUGGGCGGUAUUGAUGAAGCAGCACUUGAUCGUCUCUCUCUUGUGACUGAAAUGACUAGACAUAUUCGUGUUAGAGCAUCUGGAGGACGGAGUACUGCCUCUGAGCUUGGACAAUUCUCCCCAAUCUUUGUUUGGCUUUUAAGAGACUUCUAUCUAGAUUUGGUGGAAGAUAAUAGGAAAAUAACACCUCGUGAUUAUCUAGAGCUAGCUUUGAGGCCAGUCCAAGGCAGUGGACGAGAUAUAGCUGCCAAAAAUGAGAUUCGUGAGUCCAUUCGAGCUCUUUUUCCUGAUAGAGAAUGUUUCCCUCUUGUUCGGCCUCUGAGCAACGAAAAUGAACUUCAGCGACUUGACCAAAUUCCUUUGGACAAACUAAGACCAGAAUUUAGAUCUGGUCUAGAUGCUUUCACAAAAUUUGUUUUCGAGAGGACCAGGCCCAAGCAAGUUGGAGCAACUGUAAUGACAGGACCAAUUCUUGCUCGUAUAACUCAGUCUUUCUUGGAUGCGAUUAAUAAUGGUGCAGUGCCUACAAUUACCUCCUCAUGGCAGAGUGUUGAAGAAGCUGAGUGUCAAAGAGCAUAUGAGGUAGCAGCUGAAGCAUAUAUGUCUGCUUUUGACCAUUCAAAGCCUCCUGAGGAAGCUCCACUAAGGCAGGCACAUGAAGAAGCAGUUCAAAAAUCUAUGGCUGCUUUCAAUGGUAUUGCUAUUGGGGCUGGUACAACGAGGCAGAAAUAUGAAAAGCGUCUCCAAAACUUUUUAAGGAAGGCAUUUGAGGACUACAAAAGGGAUGCUUUUAGGGAAGCAUACUUAAAAUGUUCAAAUGCUAUACAAAACAUGGAAAAGGAACUAAGAACAGCUUGCCAUGCGUCUGAUGCAAAAGUGGAUAAUGUUCUUAAGGUGCUUGCUAAUCUUGUAUCUAAGUAUGAAGCAUCAUGUCAUGGUCCGGAAAAAUGGCAGAAGUUGUGCAGUUUCUUGUUGAACAGUUUGGAAGGUCCAGUGCUGGAUCUCUUCAAGAAGCAAAUAGAUCAAAUUGGAACGGAGAAGAGUUCCCUUUUGCUGAAAUGCCACUCAAUUGAGGAUAAGAUGGGGUUGAUUAACAAACAAUUAGAAGCUAGUGAUAAGUACAAAUCUGAAUAUAUGAAGCGUUAUGAGGAUGCCAUAAAUGAUAAGAAAAAGCUUGCAGAUGAUUAUAUGAAUCGGAUAACAAGCUUGCAGAGUAAAAAUAGCUCACUAGAAGAGAAAUGUUCUAGCCUAUCAAAAACAUUAGAUUCUGCCAGGCAAGAAUCCAUAGAGUCAAAAAGAAAAUAUGAACAGGUACUAUCAAAACAGAAGGCUGAAGAAGGCCAGACAAGUGCAGAAAUUGCAAUUCUCAAGUCUAGGAGUAGUGCUGCAGAAGCAAGGUUGGCUGCUGCUAAGGAACAUGCUCAAUCUGCCCAAGAGGAAGCGGAUGAGUGGAAGCGGAAGUAUGACAUUGCGGUUAGGGAAACAAAAGGUGCUCUAGAGAAGGCAGCAGCUGUUCAAGAACGCACAAAUAAGCAGACACAGCUGAGGGAAGAUGCUAUCCGAGCAGAAUUUUCUGAUAGCUUAAAUGAGAAGGAAGAAGAAAUAAAGGAAAAGGUAGCAAAGAUUGAAUAUGCAGAGCAACGGUUAACGACUUUGAGUUUGGAAUUGAAGGCUGCAGAGUCAAAGAUAAAGAACUAUGAUUCAGAAAUCUCAUCCUUGAGGCUUGAAAUGAAGGAGCUGGCUGAGAAGUUAGAAACUGCAAAUGCUACGGCACAGUCAUAUGAAAGAGAAGCUAAGAUACUGGAACAGGAAAAAGUCCAUUUGGAGCAAAAAUACCGAUCUGAGUUCAGCAGGUUUGAGGAAGUUCAAGAGAGGUGUAGAACUGCCGAGAGAGAAGCUAAAAGAGCUACAGAGUUGGCUGAUAAAGCUCGAGCAGAGGCUGCCACUGCUCAGAAGGAAAAGAGUGAGAUUCAUCGAAUAGCAAUGGAGAGAUUGGCACAAAUUGAGAGGGCUGAGAGGCAUGUUGAAAGUCUAGAGAGGCAGAAAUCAGACCUGUUGAAGGAAUCUGAGAGAUGCCGUGUUGCUGAGAUGGAUGCCUUAUCCAAAGUCUCAAUGCUGGAGGCUAGGGUUGAAGAGAGGGAGAAGGAAAUAGAGUCACUAUUAAAAUCCAACAAUGAACAGAGGGCUAGUACAGUUCAAGUCCUGGAGUCUCUCUUAGAGACAGAGCGUGCGACACGUGCAGAAGCUAACAACAGGGCUGAAGCACUCUCUGUUCAGUUGCAAGCCGCACAAGGGAAACUCGAUUUACUCCAGCAAAAGUUGACUGAAGUUCGUCUGAACGAAACAGCCCUGGAUAGUAAGCUGAAAACUGCUUCUCAUGGGAAACGGACACGAGUAGAUUUCUAUGAAACAGGUGUUGAAUCUGUUCAGGAUAUGGAUCUGAAUGACAGGGUGGUAAGAGGAAAUAAGCGGUCCAGAAGUACAACUAGCCCUUUGAAGACUGCACAACUGGAAGAUGGGGGAUCAGUGUUCAAGGGCGACGAAGAGAAUCACAGCCAGCAAACUAGUUCAGAAGACUAUACAAAGUUCACUGUUCAGAGACUCAAGCAGGAGCUCACAAAGCAUAACUUUGGCGCUGAGUUGCUCCAGUUGAGGAAUCCGAACAAGAAAGAUAUUCUCUCUCUUUACGAGAAAUGUGUUCUCCAGAAAUCAUAACAUUCCACAUUCCUGGCGCAACAAAAAUUGCAGGUUUUGGUUCUUCGUGAAGAAUGGUCAUUAUUAGCAUGUAGAGGUUCAAGGUUGUUUGCUGUAACUAAAAGGGUUUUCUUGUUUGUGUGAGGUCACCUUUAUUGUUUCUUCUGGCUAAAUGUUUAGUUAGUUUGUGUGAUUACCAAUGUCUGGAUGGGUAAGGGCGUUUUGGGAAACUGGCUGAUUGCGGACUGGAGCUGCGAUCAGGUCAUGACCACCGAGUCUAGGCCGGAGUUGUGUUUGUACUAUAUCUAUCUAGUGCUGUUUCUGUUUGAUGCAGCCCAAAUAUUUUAAAAACAUAAAAAAAAGCCCAAAUUCAAACUAGCAUCAACCAAAAAGACCAAAGGAAGCUCAACUUGUGGAAACUUCUUAAGUUA